AUGUACGCCCUUCACCUUCCCAAGCUUUUUGUGAUGAUGAUUUGCAUCGUUGUCCUCUGCCAGGGCGUCAUCGGCGACGCUCCGAUCGAGCCGAACCUGGCGCCUCCUGUCAACGAACUCGACGUUCCGGCCGAACCAAAGCUAGCGCCCCCUGUCGACGAAGGCGAGCUCAACACCUCUCGAUGCAUCAUGAUGGGGAAGCCCGGUAGAAGCUGUCCAGUCGGCCCGGACUUACCUGCGAGCGGAGCUCCAACCGAGAUGGACGAGAUGGUGGUGGUGGUGGUGAAGGAAAACGCUUUUGACUUCAUUUCCCCCACCACGUACCCCGCAUAUACACUCAGCCUCUCCGCACAACCUCAAAUGCCGUUGCAAUCAAGCCAACUGCCGUCCUCGCAGCUCGCAGGCCUGCCAGAGUCGCUUCUGAGCAGCAUGGGCUCUAUAACGGCCGAGGAUGCUGAUGCAAUGGUACUUCCAGAGCUCGAUGCAUCCGAUUUGGCGGCUAUGGCAUUCCCUUCCCCACGUCGCCCAGCGCCGCAACCUCGCUCAGUCUUUCACGAGUCUCUCACGCCAUCGCCAGCCCCAUUCUCUUGGCCGCCGUCGUCGCCUGUCCCGCAGCAAUCUCAAGAUGAUGGUAUUACUCAAGUUUCGCUGUCUCCGUCGCCAUCUCCGUCUCCGUCUGUGUCUGUGCGUUCUCGUUCGUCGCAGGGACCAAGACCUCACUGGGACCAAGACUCGCUCUUCAUUCUGGUCACGGCUAUCCAUCAUGAGAAUCCAUUCAAGUUCAAGAGGGUCAAGGCAAAGGCUGAGGCGUGGAACAAGGUAUACGCUGAGGCUCACAACCAAACUGCUAGGGGCGCUUCGGGCGUAGUUGAACAUACGUCUGAUUUCCAACGCAUGAUCAACGAUGUCGUCCAAUCCGACCUUGGCAACAUGCACCCGCGUCUGUCGGCCGCAACAGCUGAUGCCCAUCGCAGCAUGCUCGCAACUCUGUCAUGCGAGCCUCACGUCUCAGCGGCUGGCCGUUCAAUGCAACCAAUGUCACAACGCAGGGUCUCAAGCACCUCGGAAUCAGAUGCGUCCGAAACGUCUGUGAUACUCAACAACGCCGAGAAUGAUACGGGUGUGGCCGUGGAAGGCCCUCAAGUAAGUUGCAAGCGGGGCAGGAUCGCGCUAGCAGAAACACUCGAUGCUAUGAUUGAAGCCGACAGGGUACAUCGGAAGGGCGCGGAUGAUAUGCGCUCGGAAACACUCAAGAUCAAGAAGGCGCAUCUUGAUCUCCAGAAGGUUUCACUCGAAGUUCAAAAGGGUAUGGUCGAGACGGGGAGAACAUUCAUUACACAGAUGUCGUCUGACCUGACAACAGUGAAGAAUGAUAUGGAGUCGCUCAAGACCUUGGUGCAGUCUACGAUGGAACAACAGAAGCAAGCCAUCAACAGCUUGCUUGACAUGAUGCGCGGGCUUGUUUCUCAGGGCUCGGGCGCAUCAGUGAUACCAUUGGAGGCAGCAGUGCCCUCUGCCCCAUCAACCACGGUUCCCUCCCAGCCUAUGCAUCCUAUCACGGAGGAACCGACCACUCCACGAGCUCAGCGUGCUCGUAAUGCUCGGUCAGUUGUCGGAUGGUACUGGUUGAGGUUCCAGGACCGCAGUGGAGGUACUGCCUACGGUGAGAGCGGCGUGUGGCUAAGUGCCGUAUCAAACGGCCUGGCUAGCACCUCAUUGGUGCUGCGUGUGUCCGCCCACCUCCUCGAGCUCGGACCUCCUCCCUUGCAUGACCCCUCCUUGUAUGCCUUGCUCGUCGUCCCUGAUUGCGAAGAGCACUCGUAUCGUUAUCCCCCUUCCGCCAUUGAGGCGUACUCGUCUUGGUCAACCCCGUCGACGUUCUCCGGGCUCGACGCGUGA